GCAGAGUGAAGCUUGUGGCGAGUCAGAGCGCAGGCUGCACGGAGAAGGGAGGUAGAGACUGUACAGCACGGCCUUUUUAUAUUUCGUAUGAGCACAAAGCCUUGAUUCGUGAAGAUGUGGACGGCUAUAGGGAAGCUGCUGCUUUUACAUAUGAUACUCGUGGGGUUUCUGCUGGUGAACGGAAAUAUACCGGACUGUGAAAGCGGUCAGUUUCAGUGCAGGAACGGCAGGUGUAUCCCGACUCCAUGGAGAUGCGAUGAUGAUGAUGACUGCUCGGACAACAGCGACGAGGAGAACUGCCCAAAAAAGACAUGUGCAACAACAGACUUUGCAUGUAAGAAUGGGCAGUGUGUCCCGGCCCGAUGGAGGUGUGAUGGAGAACCGGAGUGUCCAGAUGGUUCAGAUGAAGCAGACUCCACCUGCAGUCGGCAGACAUGUCCACCAGAGAAGUUUGACUGUGGUGGCUCGACGAGCAAAUGCGUGUCGUUAUCAUGGCGCUGUGAUGGUGAACAGGACUGUGAAAAUGGAGCAGAUGAGGAGCAGUGUGCUGCAGAAGAAAGUCGUACAGUUUUGGAACAACAUCAGGAUGCCAAGGCUUGUCCUGCUAAAGAGUUCCAGUGCCGUAACCGUCUGUGCGUGGCACCCACGUUCGUCUGCGAUGGGGAUGAUGACUGCGGCGACGGUAGCGAUGAGGAGAAGUGCACGGCAGCCACGGCCAGCACCUGCGGGCCGCACGAGUUUCGCUGUAACGACUCCGAGUGUAUCCCAGCGCCGUGGAGCUGCGACGGAGACCCCGACUGCAGAGACAAGUCAGACGAAUCUCUGGAGCGCUGCAGCCGCAGGACGGAGCCUCAAAAACCCCACUGCCAAGCGGGGGAGUUCCGGUGCAGGAGUGGGGAGUGUAUUCACCUCAACUGGAAAUGCGACGGGGAUGUAGACUGCAAGGACAAGUCUGAUGAGGCCAACUGUCCUGUGCUGACCUGCCGUCCUGAUGAGUUCCAGUGUGGCGAUGGCUCCUGCAUUCACGGCACUAAACAGUGUAACAAAGUGCACGACUGUCCAGAUUUCAGCGACGAGGCUGGCUGCAUCAACAAAACCACCAAAUGUGAAGGCCCGCUGAAGUUCAUGUGUAAGAGCGGGGAAUGUAUCGAUAGCAGUAAAGUGUGUGACAGUAUCAAGGACUGCAAGGACUGGUCUGACGAGCCUGUGAAGGAGUGUGGUCUGAAUGAAUGUGCCAUUAACAAUGGCGGCUGCUCUCACAUAUGUAAGGACCGGCAGAUCGGCUACGAGUGUGAAUGUCCUCCGGGCUACAAGCUCCUGGACAAGAAGACUUGUGGAGACAUAGACGAAUGCGAGAACCCAGAUGCCUGCAGUCAAAUAUGUAUCAACCUCAAAGGCGACUACAAAUGUGAAUGCUACGAGGGUUACGAAAUGGACCCGGUUACCAAGACGUGUAAAGCAGUGGGUAAGAGCCCAUACCUUAUGUUUACUAACCGUCAUGAGAUUCGACGCAUUGACCUUGUGAAGAAGGACUAUACACAGGUAGUGCCAACCUUGAAGAACGCCGUGGCUCUAGAUGUGGACGUGACCACCAACAAGAUGUACUGGUGUGACCUCUACCAUCGCAAGAUCUUCAGUGCGUACAUCAACAAAGCCAGCGACGCUUCUCAACAGAUCACGCUCAUAGACACUGCGCUACAUUCUCCAGAAGGCUUAGCAAUGGACUGGGUCCAUAAGAACAUCUACUGGACCGACUCUGGACACAAAACUAUCUCUGUCGCGACUGGCGAUGGAAAGAAGAGGAAGGUGUUGAUCGACACAGAGCUUGGGGAACCACGUGCCAUCGCCGUUGACCCAAGACAAGGGUUCAUGUACUGGUCAGACUGGGGAACGCAAGCGAAGAUCGAGAAAGCCGGAAUGAACGGUGUGGAUCGGCAGGUCCUGGUUUCAGAGCGGAUCGAGUGGCCCAAUGGGAUUGCGCUUGAUCUGUCUAGCAGACGACUCUACUGGGUAGAUUCCAAGCUUCAUCUGAUUUCCAGUGUGGACCUGAAUGGAGACAACCGUCGAGUUUUGCUGUCCUCCACGGAUCAUCUCGGACAUCCGUUUGCCUUGACUCUUUUUGAGGACCGGGUUUACUGGACUGAUUUGGAGGAUGAGGCCAUCUACAGUGUAAACCGGCUGACGGGGCAUGAUGUGGCAAUGCUGGCUCAACAUCUCAACAACCCACUGGAUGUGGUGGUGUUCCAUGAGCUCCGGCAGCCCCAAGCUCCAGACACAUGCAACAUGGGGAGUUUGCCCAAUGGUGGCUGUGAAUACCUGUGCCUCAGAGCUCCUCAGAUCACAGACCACUCGCCCAAGUACACGUGUGCCUGUCCCGACAACAUGGAACUGGGCCCGGACAUGCGCCGCUGUGUGACAGUCAAACCCAAAACAACAACUGCUGCAAGUACAACCACUACUACAACACCAGAACCUUUUACUACUUUGACUCCUACAACUACCACUCCAUCUACAAACACCAAAACAUCUACAACAGCCAGUACAAUCUCUACAACUACACCUAUAGCUACAGUAUUAAGUACAACCACCAUCAGCCCCACCACAACCACUCAUUCCAGCUUACAUCGUUCCACCACUGCACAAUCCACAGCCUCUUCAACCGCAGCGACCACUCAAUCCAGCACUACAGCGCCUUCGAAACAGCCAACCUCCACCCAAACGACAACAGAUCACAGACAGACAUCUACAACCAUCCACAGUAACAGCAUACAAGGGGCCAAUGGCAAUCUCUCUCAUCGUGCUGGCAGUGGAAAUGACCACUUCCUCCUUGGUAGCAAUAUAACCGUUGCGGUUCUGGGUAUAGUCAUUCCAAUAGUUCCUAUCCUUGCCACAGUGGUCAUCGGCCUGAUGUGUACCGGAGGCUACCUGGUGUGGCGCAACUGGAGAAGACGGAACACCAAGAGCAUGAACUUCGACAACCCCGUUUACCGCAAGACCACAGAGGACGACGACGACGAAAUCCACAUCGGCCGCAGCGAGCAGAUCGGCCACGUCUACCCUGCAGUGAGUGGCAGUGCCAGACAGCCAUACCUAGCACUGCCACUGGGGGGUGGUAUCCCAGACCCGGCAGCUCAUUGGUACUCAGGGGCACCUAUGCUGUCCAGCGCAAAGUGAAAAAGGAGAGGAAAGCAAUCGGAUAGGGAUAAAAGUAUGGGCGGGGCUAAGACAGCGUUCCCGUAGAGAGGGCAUUAUGCUGCCUCUUUCCUCACACGUAUUUAUACUCAUAAUUCACAGCUCAUUUUCAUCCAAAUGUAUGUUUAAUUAGUGUACGGUUUACCAUGUGAAAAUUCAUUAGUUAUCUGUGUGUGUUUCCCAUAGGCUGCGUCCAAAAUCACAUACUUGACAACUGUUAAAAUAAGUAAGAAUUUAAUAUGAACGCCCUACAUUUGCCAUGUUGUCAUUGUUGUGUGACCUCUCCCUUGGCCUCAUGGAAUAAUAAAGCAUCCAUCUGAUGCAGAACUAGUAGGUCAUCCAGGAAUUUUUCACCUAUUGUUUUGACUACUAUGAAUUCAUACGUACGCAGUAAGUAUGUGAUUUUGGAUACAGCCAGUCUUUGGUUUCUCGUGUUGUGUGUGUAAAGCUUUAAAUGCUUUCCACGUUUGAAAGCUUUGAAAUUGUGCUCUCCCAUUAUCCCAUAGUUGUUUUUUUAUGAAUUCAGUAUAACUGCUUUAGGGAUGAGCAACGUGCACCUUAAAUGACUGGACAAUCUUUUAAUAUAUUAUAAUUUAUUUAUUUAUUUAGGUGUUUUGCUGGUGAUUUAUUUAGGUGGUGAUUUAUUCACAUAUUAGCAUAACCGUCGACCUGGACUGAAAUAGUUAAAAUGGCGCUGUUGAGAGACGUUAGUCAGAUGAAGGGAUUAUAACAGUGUGAUUUGAACUUCCUGUGCUUCAGUCGGUAUGUCAAGCACAAGCAGAGAUAAAGACAUCAGUCGCGCAGCAGAAACGGGGCGGGCUGCCCCGGUGGCAUAACGGGAUUCUGUCAAGCGCCCCACACGUCGCGCUCUUCACAGUGUGUGUGUGUGAAGGAGGGAUCUGCAUAUCGGAUGUGUCUGUAUCCGUCUCCUUCUCCACAGGCCUUGUCGUUCUUUCCUAUGUGUUUAUUUUUCACGCUCUUUCUCUCAACACAUGUAACUCUGUUUUUAUCUGCUCUUCGCAGCGCGUGGCGCUCAGUCCAGACGAUGACGGGUUCCCCUGAGGGCGAUUCUUGCACUCGCUCUCUCCUUCUCCAUCCCUGAAUCCAUGCGUCCUUUAGUCCUUACCAUCGAGGAGGUUGCAUGAGACAACGCAGCAAGGCGCACAGAGCCAAAAGGACACAAGAGCACUUGCUCUCCACAGCCGAGAGCUACAAACUGGGUUUGUCUACUCGUAGUGUCUUUCCCAGCCCAUAAAACUUCAGUUGGGCAAUAAUCACUAGUUCUUAAAUUAACUACUAGCAUCAUUCCUGCUCUGUGUCAGUAGUAGUAGGUAGUGUUGUUUAAUGAUGACUAACUUCAUAGCUCAUCACGUCAGUAGUUGCUAACACUCAGUGGCUCUCCUGCUGCACUCGUGCUGUAGUUUUUUAAAUCGAAAUAGUUUUUCUUUACUGGUUAAGCUGGUUUGAGCUGAUCUAUGGCUGUUUUGCCUGGCAAAAUUUGUUGGGAGAGAAUUGUGGGCAGUCCAUCCUGAUAAGAAGGAAAAUAUGAAAUAGGAUGGAGAUGGGAUGUGAGAAAUUCGUAUUUGGAGACAUACAGCUGAGGUCAAAAGUUUACACGUCCCUUUCAGAAUCUGCAAAAUGUUAAUUAUUUUACCAAAAUAAGAGCAUCAUACAAAAUGCGUGUUAUUGUUUGUUUAGUACUGACCUAAAUAAUAUGUUUCAGAUAAAAGUUGUUUACAUAUAGUCCACAAGAGAAUUUGAUUUUAUAAAAAGUUUACAUUUAGAGUGUUUUUUUGUUGUUGUUGUUUAGUGAUAGUUGUUCAUGAGUCCCUUGUUUGCCCUGAGCAGUUAAACUGUCCACUGUUCUUCAGAAAAAUCCAUCAUCAAAAUUCUUUGGUUUUCCAGCAUUUUUGUAUGUUUGAACUCUCUCCAACAAUGACUAUACAACUAUUACAGAAGGUUCAAAUGCUCACUGAUGCUCCAGAAGGAAAACCCAUGCAUUAAGUGAUGGAGGGUGAAAACUUUUGAACAGAAUGAAGAUGUGUACAUUUUUCUUAUUUUGCCCAAAUAUCAUAUUUUUUCAUUUAGUACUGCCCUUCAGAGGCUACAGAAGACUCCCAGAAGACAAAAUAAGUUAGAUUUACCCUGAUCUUCAAAUUCAAAAAGGCUUUUGAAUGUUUUUUGAAAUGUUUUUUCCUUCUGGAGCAUCAGUGAGUGUUUGAACCUUUUGUAAUAGUUGCAUAUGAGUCCUUCAGUUGUCCCCACUGUGAAAAGAUGCAUCUCAAAAUCAUACAGUUAAUGAGGUAAGUACUAAAUAAACAAUAACAUGCAUUUUGUAUGAUUCCUAUUAUUUUGGUAAAAUAAUAAACAUUUUGCAGAUUCUAAAAGGGGGAUGUACACUUUGGACCUUAACUGUACUAAACAAAUUCCACCAUGUGGAUGUUAUGCAUUCAUAUAAUCUCACAAACAAAUAACAUCCCUGUCGAAACAAACAAUAUGCUGGUUGUUUUGAAGCAUGGCAGCUGGUUUGAGCUGGUUUAUGCUGGUCCUUAGUUGGUCAUAAGCUGGUCCUGAGCAGGAGCUAGUUGCUUAAAACCAGCUUAGCAUCAGCACAUGACCAACUAAGGACCAUCUUAAAUCAGCUCAAACCAGCUGUCGUCCUUGAAAACAUACCUAACCAGCAUAUGCUGUUGUUUUUCAACAGGGAUACCACAAAAAAUAAGAUUUACCUUGUAAAUAUGUCAGAAUCUGUCAUUUUCUGUCCUCCUGCUUACAUACUUCCAAUGCCAAGACUAGUAUACUUUGUCUUCCAUAGUCACUCGAGUCAGAUUUGACCCUUGGAAAUGAAGGGUUUCACCUCCCAACUUUGAGAGGCAAUAUUUCCAUCCAACACUGGGGCUUCCAUUUUUCUCAAGUUCCUAGGACCAGCUAAAUUCUUCCUGCCCGGCACAUUUACAACCCCCAAAACGUUUGCUCAGGACAUAAAUUGCUCUAAAAUAUUACCAGUUAUCGCUACAAUCUGUGUGGUAUGUUAUCACAAAAACGCUAAUAGAUACGGUAGGCAGGGUUUGAUAAUGGCUAAAAUGCUGUUUGUUCAUAUCUACAGUCUAGAUCGCUCCCUCUCAGAUACACACGCUCUCGCACAAACACAAACGUGUCUUUUCCGCCCCUACAUUCGUCAUGCCUCGGGUAAAACUCUUUAGCAUUUAGCAUGCUGACAACAAGACACCGCCUGCCAUAUUGGGUGGCUUAAUGGUGUGAUAGAUUAGAGUCGUAGAUCAAAGCUUUGCUCCUCUGAACAGUCAUCUGUUCAACGCGUGGCACAGGAAAUGUGGAGUGCCUGAAUAUAGGCUUCCUGUACAUAUCAGCUCUCCAACUCUCUCCAUGUGAUGAAUGAGCGCUUGGUUAUUUCUGUAUCGCUGUCAGAGGGACACUGACUGAUUGAACAAAUGUAAAAAGAGAAGGAAGAACAGGUUUUGAUCUGCCCGAUUAUGCCUGCUGAUAAAAAGCUCAAACUAGGCAUAGGUUUUUUUGUUGGUUUUAGUUAGGCUGGUCUGAAUUGAUGGUUUAAAGGGGAUCGGUAGAUUUAUAACAGUGAUUAUCAGCCUGUCCUGGUUGUGAACCACUGAUUUAAAGAUCUUAGAGACCAUCAAGGCCUUCUAAGAUUCAUCUAAACCAGCAAAAAACCUUAGGCUGGAUUAAGAUUUUCCAGCAUGGAUUAAAACUUGGCAUGUGGCGGUAUGUGUCUGUGUACUGGAGUGCAGUGUUGGUUUUGAAGAACUAGUUAUGCGAGUUGCCCUUUGUUGAAGACUGCUGAAAGUCCCUGAGACACGUAUGUUUGGUUCUGGCCCGCAUGUGGGUGGUCUCGCAUCUGGAGUGGUUCUUUGUUCUUGCCACCUUUGGCUCUUCUCUGCUGUGAUGAGGCAUCUUGUGUGCGGCUCUUGUAAAACAUCCCUUCGCAUUUCAAAGGAUCCUCCAUUAAGUCACUGUUUGUUUUCCAUUAGGAAAAGAGACAGUGUGGGAGUUUGGUUGCUCAGGCUUUUGUCUGUGAGGAUUAAAGAAGCGGCAAUUUGUAGUUGGCUUUCUGAUCAGAUGGACUUGAGAUGUCUUCACUGAAGACGUGGUUUGGAUAUAACAGGCCUUUUGUUAUCGAUAUUAUUGUUUGUUUGAUGAAUCUUCAUUCUUAACUGUUUCUCACAUCAAACUGUGUAUACAGUAUGGAAAGUAUAAAGGAUAUUCGAUUUUGUAGAUUUUUUAAAAAUGGAAGCAGUAACGUUUUAGAUGCUUUGAAUACUUUCAAUAUAUAUGAGGUUCUGAAAAUGUGAAACUUUAGUUUUUGAUUCGAAAAUCUCAGACUAGCAAUACAGGGUAAACAAACUGCUUCAUGUGCUUUUUCAGAACUGUAAUGUAAAUUAUUGUUUUAUCAUUAUUAAUGGUUUCUUCAGAUGCAUCUUGCGGGGGGCAAAAUGCUUAAACCAGCCUAAUCUAGUUUGCUGGCCUUAAAUCUGGUUUGCUGGUUUAAGGGUAUUUUUGGCACUUAUCAGCCAGUUUAGACUGGAAGACUGUCAACCAACUGAACCACCUGGACACCAAACUAAGAGACCAACUAAGACAAGAAAAAACAGCUUAAACUGGUUUUAAAUGGAUUUUAGGGACUUAUCAUUUGGUUUAGACUAGAAGACAAGCUUGUUGACCAGCCGAACUACCUGGACACCAAGCUAGGAGACCAACUAAGACUAGAAAAAAACAGACGAAACUGGUUUUAGAUGUAUUUUGGGCACUUAUCCGCUGGUUUUGACUGGAAGACAAGCUUGUUGACCGGCUGAACCAACUGGACCCCAAACUAAAAGAUCAACUGAGACCAAAAAAAAAAAAGACUAAACUAGUUUUAGAUUGGUUUUGGCCAUGUGUCAGUUGGGUAGGCUGGGAGACCAGCUUGUUGACCAGCUAAACCACCUGGACACCAAGCUACAAGACCAACUAAGACCAGAAAAAAAGCCUCAACUGUUUUUAGAUGUAUUUUAGGCACUUAUCAUCUGGUUUAGACUGGAAGACAAGCUUGUAGACCAGAUGAACCACCUGGAGACCAGACUAAGAGGCCAACUAAGACCGGAAAAAAACAACCUAAACUGGUUUUAGGCGGGUUUUGGGCACUUACUGGCUAGGUUUAGACUAGAAGACAAGCUUGUCCACCAGCUGAACCAACUGGACACCAAGCUAAGAGACCAACCAAGAGGAGAAAAAACAGCUUAAACUGGUUUUAAAUGGGUUUUAGGCACAAUUUUAAGACUGAAAAACAAGCUUGCUGACCAACUAGACAACAGACUAGGAGACCAACUAAUACCAGGGGAAAAAAACUGCCUGAAUUGGUUUUAGAUGCAUUUUGGCCACUUAUCAGCUGGUUUAGACUGGAAAACAAGCUUGUCGACCAACUAAACCACCUAGACGCCAAGCUAGACAAACUAAGAUGAAAAAAAAAAAGUCUAAGCUGGUUUUAAAUUGAUAUUUAAGCACUUAUCGUCUGGUUUAGACUGGAACAUAAGCUUGUUGACCAGCUGAACCACCUUGACACCAGACUAAGAGACCAACUAAGACCAGAAAAACAGCCUAAACUGAUUUUAAAUGUAUUUUGGGCACUAAUUGGCUAGUUUAGACUGGGAGAUAAGCUUGUUGACCAGCUGAAUCACCUGAACACCAUUCUAGGAGUCCAAGUAAGCCAGGAAAAAACAGCCUAAACUGGUUUACAUGGGUUUUAGGCUCUUGUCAGUUGGUUAGACUGGGAGACCAACAAAGACCAGAAAAAAAUCUAACUGGUUUUAAAUGCAUUUUAGGCACUUCUCGGCUCUUUUAGACUGGAAGACAAGCUUGUUGACCAACUGAACCAAAUGGACACCAAACUAGGAGACCAACUAAGUCAGUCUGUUGGGCUGGGAGACCAGCUUGUUGACCAGCUAAAUCAACCGAAAACCAACAAGCCCAGACUGGAAGACCAGUUAAGGCCAGCAAAUAAGCUUAGUCUGGUUUAAUCAGUUGUUUUUUUCCCAAAAGAGGCAUCAUGCACGUUUUUUUCUUGACCCCAAACUCAUCGUUGUUAUCAGGUGCUGCUCUAGAGUUAGCUCAAAAAAUGUUUUUAUGGGAAACUUUGUUACAUUGAGCUCUCUAGCUGUCAAGGUUUCUACAAACACAUCUCUUAGCGUAUUAGAAUUUAGUAUGUGUGGUACACAUAUUCGAUAAACACAUGUACAGUCUGGUCACAGAAGGUUCUAGAACAGGCUUUUAGACCCUUUGGAUUUUCUGCCUCUCUGUACAGUAUAUAACACAGUACUUUGUGACAGUUGUCCAUCAUUCUUACUCUAUGCAUAUGUACCGGCGAGUCCUGCCUUCCUAUAGCACUGCAGGGACUCGCCACGCUGCUCCUUCACCCCACUCCACUGUGACUAACAUUCGUAAUGUCCGUAACUCCCCGUCAUCACUGUCUACCUGUCAUCCCCAUCAGCCCAACAAGUAGGACAUUGCUUUCGAAAGGGCUACCAUUCUUUAAAAAUGGACGAUACACUGGACGAUACGCUGGAACCUCUCCUGGAACAGUGCUCCUUAGUUUGGUGGACUUGUAGAGCUGAAACCGCCGACUCUGAAUGGACGAGUCGGGUCCUCCACUUUCAUGGUAACAUUCCCGUCUGUGCUCUUUGUGACCUGUGGAAAAAAAGAAAAUGACCUCUAUUUUGGUUUUUUCCCCCUAUGAGAUCAUGUUGACAUGAUGUAUAUUACUUGAAGAACUGUUCAUUUUUUGUAUGGUUUGUAGGUGUUAAAUUUCAGGAGAGGGGGAGGAAGGAGGGCCUGUCAUUCCUGUCAUUUGAGGAAACAUGCGUCCCGGUCAUUCCAUAGCCGUUUGGAGACAUUUUGUACGCUGUUUGUUGCACAAACUUUUUCAAGAAGCCUUCUGCACUGUGUAAAUGAUUACAUAGGAUGGGGGGAAAGGGUGACCGUUGCAGUCCAAUGAGUCUGAAUCAUGAUUUGUAAAUAUGUUUUCAUACAGCAAAACUUUUGAUAAGGUUUUAAACAUUUCUUGUAAAAAAGAAGAUGUGUAUAUUAGUCUCCUGGACGAAAAGAGUGUAGACCAUACAUGGAUUUAUUUGUACUCAAGAGCACUGGAUUUCUUUACUACUUGAUUGUAACUAAAAAUUAAUAAUCUGCCAAAGUGUUUUCAAUAUUUUUUUUUUCCCUCUUCCUUUUGGUCUUAAUUUUAUUUUUUGCUUUUUAACCGUAAGCAUUGCAGAAAUAGUGUUUAAUUUGUAUUUGUACAUUUAUUUAAUAGAUAAAUUAAAUUGUAAUUCUAUUUAAUAGGUUACACUCAGUGUUGAAAAGAGAGGGUUACAGUUUAAUUUAUUGGUGCCUUGUAUGUGUUCAUGUAUAUUUUCCAAUAAUGUUAUGUUUUGUUUGCUUUUCUGCUGUCUGUGUCAGUGGGUCGGAGGUGGUGGGAAUAGGGAGGGGGUUUUAACGUUAGCAAAACUGUACUUACAUGGAAUAUCUGUACUGUAUGCCAAAAUGGUCUCACUCACGUUUCUAUGAAAUUCAAGUUGUUGAUAAAUAUCUAUAUAUUGAUAUAUUAAAUUGUUAAAAAUCUUGGUCACUCUGUCUCCUUCACUGAUUAAAUGAAAACUGUUUGUUUGUA